AUGGAGGACAUUGAGUACCAAUUGCGUUUCCUACUUGAUUCAGCUACCCUAACUGUAGAUCGCAUUCACCUACACGAUCCCAGUCGGCUAGAACCCUUACAAUUCCUUAAGAAGUACAAGUCCCAAAAGAUCAUCCCAGCCUUCAUUCAGGAGCAAAAGAGCGGUCAUAUCACAGCCCCUCUCUUUGGUGUCCCAAUCGAUCCCGCCCAAACCCAUCAUAAGCUACUCUACUGCCACUUAGCCAUUGGCAACCCACUUUUCACUUCACAGGAAUAUGCUCUUAAUUGUAAGCCACCCAAAGGCUACGACUCCUUCCUAGUCACCCAAACAAGCACCAAUAUUGAAGAGGUGAUCUCUGAAUUCAAAAGAUCAAAAAGCUUAUCAAACUAUAGUUAUAUUGUCCCAGAUAGGAGCAGAGUCUUAAUAAUUGGAGAAGUUGAGUUUACGUAUGAUAGUAGGCUGGAAGAGAAGAGUAGAAACAAUGAUACUUGUGAAUUUUGUCAAAUCAAAACAUCAAUCUCUUUUUGUUUAGCCGAACGGGCAUCUUUUUGUGCAGAUUGUGAUAUGAAGUUUCAUGAUAACUCUUUUACGCAAAGACACGUCCGGUACUACUUCAACCAAGUGGGAAAGAAGCGCUUCUUGCACUGCCGUGAUCAUUCCGCCGUUGUAGUUGACUACUUCUGCACGGAGUGUAAGAUUCCUGUUUGCACGCAAUGCCGGAUCUUUGGUGCCCAUGCUGAAGCACCCAAUAAUCGGCACAGAUUGAUUAGUUAUAUUGAGGCUUGUGAUUAUCUGAAGCUGGCUUUACUGGAAGAGACGGAGCCCGUGGAAAGGGCGCAAAGUCGGGCCCAGCAGUCAAUUAGUGCGCUGGAGAAGGAGAUAAGUGGGUUUGAGAAGAAUGUGGAGGCAGUCAGAGCUCGAUUAGAUUAUGAGUACAAAUCAGCGAUUAGUGUGCUUUCUGAUCUUAUCAAGCGCAGAUAUCAAAAGAUUAAUGCUAAGUUCUUGGAGGGCAAGUACUUGGAGAAGAUGGCUCAACAUGCUAAACAGUACCCACAAGAGGUCGAUCCGUCCGUCUUAGUUGGAAACUGGAAAAGCAUUGAAACGGUCAAUCAAGGUCUUUCUGAGAUGCCUUUGCCGGUUUGGGAGGAAGAGGCGGGUUUGGUUGUCCAGGGAUCGCUUAGUGUGGUCUUGGACCGAACAGUCCCUUCCCCGACUACUCUCCGGGCUACGUAUGAUGAUGAACUGAGCAGGCAGCGUACGGAAAUGCUUUUGAAGGUCGGCCAGUUUAAGUCCAGAGAAUAA